AGGCUUUCGACAUGGCAGAAACCAAGGAGGACAAGUACGCCAUACACGAGGCCGCGAGAGAUGGCAAAUUACAAGUGGUGGAGUCUCUCUUGAGUGCAAAUCCAAAACUAGCAACUCUGGUAGAUCAGGAUGGGAGACUGCCUGUUCACUGGGCGUGCGCCUUCAAUCACCUCGAUAUCGUCAAAGCUCUAGCCUCGACCCGCACCUUCGAUCCCGACGCUCUGGACGGCUCAGGAUGGACGGCGCUCGCCAUCGCAUCUAGUCUAAAGGACAACAGCGGGGAGGCAAUCGUGGAUAUCCUCCUGACCAAGGAAGCCGACCCCAAGGUGCCGACCAACACUGGAGCCACGGCUCUUCAUUUCGCGACGUCCAAAGGGAACCUUGAAAUCUGCAAGACGCUCUUGAAAAGCGGUGCUUCCGCAAGAGUGAAGGAUAAACGAGGACAAUUACCCCUGCACAGAGCCGCAGCAGCAGGCAGUGUGCCAAUUAUGAAGCUGCUCCUGGAGAACAAGAGCCCUGUAAAUGCUACGGACAUGGACGGAAUGACCGCGCUGCAUCACGCCAUUAGUGAAGGCAACGGCGACGUUGCGGUGGAACUACUCAAGGCCGGCGCCGAGACUGAUAAGAAGGAUAUUGAUGGGCGAUUGGCAAUUGAAUGUGCACCAGACUCUAAAGUACGGUCUUACAUCAUCUCAGCUGCUAAACGAGAAGGAAUUGAAUUUGAGUGAGAUGUGACAAAGUUGCCAAAAAUCCACCAAACAUGUCAUGAUUUCCCCAUGGUAUCUGCCAGCUGCCGGUACAUCUGCUUCACAUCGACAAUGUCCGCCUUGAGCUCCUCCACCUGCUCACUCUUCUCACCAAGAAGUUCGAGAGUUGUCUGGUGCCGUUUACCUAGGCUUUCAUGUUCUUCUUCGAGUGCCUUCACACGAUCCUCGAUAGAUCGCUUCUCCUCAACUUCGCGCAUCAAGCUGACAACCUCCUGCCUGGCCUCAUCGCGCUGUGUUGUCAGACGCGCGAGUUCAUCCUUGGUGGCGGCCUUCUCACUCUCAAGCCGACGGACGUUUGCGGACAUCCUUUCCACAAGCUGGACAGAGGGGCCAGCUCCGACCGUGGACGUCGAGAUCAGGUCGUUGACGCCACGAUGGCUGGCUGAAUGUGGCGUUGGGGACACACUGGCAAAAAAGUCGUCCGCAUCGUUGGAGGUCACCACCGAUGGCGUCUCAGCAAUGGAGCCGUUUGUCACGUUGCGGAUAGAAGGGGCUGAGUUCUGCCGCGAUGGAGCGGUCCAGUCAAAGGAUUGCAUCGUGGAGGAUUUUCUGCUGGUUGGUCUUUCGUACUGAACUGGGCUCAGCAGGUGAUUGAUGUCGAGUGCCAUACCAUAUCCCUUGCGAAUAGAAGUGCCAGGCGAAUCUGUCCG